AGUUGUUGAAAUUACAACUGAGGCUUAAGUUAUUAAACAGAGCAGCUUUAAUCAUUGAUCACAGAAAUUCAAGGUUGGAGGAAUGGCAUGGAUUAAAGUAUUUUUACCACAAAGCCACAUAUCCACUGUGAUCUGAGAGAGAGAGAGAGAGAGGGAGAGAGAGAGAGACAGGAGAUUGACGAGGAUAGAGAGACAGCCCUACUGUCACUUGCUAGUUUAGUGAUUCCAGCUCCACUGAAGGCGACCGUCUUCCAUUCUCCGUCCCAUCCACCAGCUGUUUCUUCUGGGCCUGUGGGCCGCACAGUAUGAGGCAGCUACCAUGGGCUUUAAGGAAAACUUCUCGGAGAUUGAUCCUGUCACUUUGAAUCUCUGCAUCCUUAUCGCCAGCUAUGUUAUCUUGCUUCUGGUGUUCCUGAUAUCUUGUAUAAUGUAUGACUGCCGGGGCAAGGAUCCAACCAAGGAGUACGCGCCGGACCCUGUGCCGACCCAAUCCCCCAUCAGACUGGUGGUGAUGCAGCAGACCACCCCUUCUCCGCAACAUCAACGCUGGGACCAGACCAAUAUGGUCACCUCAUAUGAGCCUCAGCCCAGUCCAGACUUCAGGGAGAAGAAGAGCACCAUGGUCUAGAUUCUAGAAGGACUACUGUGGUGCUGAAUAACUCAGUCCACCACUCGUUGGAAUUAUCGCAGCGGAAUAAACUUUUGUACAUAUAUGUUUUUUUAAAUCUGCUUCUACAUUUAUUUUUUAGAUUGUAUUUUUCCCUGGUGGCCAGGACAAUGCUAGGAUUGGACCUGCAGAAGACCAGUCUGAGACGGUUCAUGAACAGGCGGGCCAGUGCUAACUGCCGCUACCAGCCCACCUGCUAUGAGCAUGCUGCAAACUGCUAUACUCACGCGCUACUCAUCGUACCAGCCAUUGUGGGCAUGGCCCUGCUGCACCGUCUCUCAGACGACCGCUGGGAGAAGAUCACAGCCUGGGUGUACGGCAUGGGCCUGUGUGCCCUCUUCCUGGUCUCCACUGUGUUCCACAUCAUCACCUGGAAGAAGAGCCACAUGAGGUCUGUGGAGCACUGCUUUCAUAUGUGUGAUAGAGUGGUCAUCUAUUUCUUCAUCGCUGCCUCCUACACACCAUGGUUGAAUCUUCGUGAGCUUGGCCCACUCGCAGUUCACAUGCGUUGGUUUGUAUGGCUAAUGGCUGCAGCAGGAACAAUAUACGUCUUCAACUACCACGAAAAGUAUAAAGUUGUUGAGCUCGCCUUCUAUUUGACUAUGGGUUUUUUCCCUGCGUUGGUUGUGACAUCAAUGAACAACACUGAUGGACUGUACGAGUUGGCCUGUGGGGGACUCAUCUAUUGCCUGGGCGUGAUCUUCUUCAAGUCGGACGGGGUCAUCCCGUUUGCCCAUGCCAUCUGGCACGUGUUUGUGGCGCUGGCUGCAGCCGUGCACUACUACGCUAUCUGGAAGUACCUCUACAGGAGUCCCCCUGCUAAUACUAUUCGGGACGCCUGACCCCCACCGCAUCAAGUAGGCUAACUGAAAACACAUUGCCCUCCAGUGCCUCUCGACAUAGGCACCAGCAAAUAAAGACUCCCACAACUGCCCACCGAGGAUGCAACCACAGCCGGAAAGUUUACGAAAAUGACCAUGCAUUGUUUACUGUUUCCAGGUAGGGAACAGUUUUUCUGUUUAUCUUUGACUGUACAAACAUUGAACAAAGGUUAUUUGUAAUUCUGUUUUUGUACAACUGUUAUUCAGUUGGAACCCCCAAAACAACUAAAAUGAUCAACUUUUGACUUCCAUUUGGGAAUUGUUCUCAUCUUCUACACAUAAUGAUACGUUGGGCUGAGUUGAUAUCAGUGCUUUGUAACACUUCACAUUCCAUAGUUAGUAUCAUCUGUCAUUUGUAGUGAUUUUGUCAGUCAUCUUAUUGAUUGGAAAGCAGUUGGGAAGGACAUUCGUUGAGUUGGGCUUUUCACUCUGAGGUAAAUGUGCACGGCACACAUUGGACACACAAUGUCUGAAUCAGUAUUUAUCAGUAUCUAAGUGCAGUCUUAUUUUUCAGAAGCACUUUUGUAUGAUAAGAACCACAAAGAACCAUUGGAUAUGAUGUUUAAUAAGUACUCUGAUUUGUGUAAUUGUAUUCUUUCCCACAAAUAUGGAGCCUUCAGAAGGUGAGUAUUUGAGUUUGUAUAGCUUUUAAAAAGGGUCUCUGUGAUUGGACUGAACUUCCAGAAAGAUACAAUAUCUACAGUACAUGUGAGAUGUCCUGUACUUCUGCACAUAUCACUGCUGCCACUUUAAUGGUAUAGUAGAUAGUUUCAUUAUAUCACACACUUCCUGAUUUUAAAAACUCUCCUUACAUCCUAAAUUACCCUUCUGUUCUUUGUAUUAAUUUGAACCUGUUAUGUGUUUUUGGAUCUUCAAUGGUACUCCAUUCCCUACCUUUCUUUUGAGGAGUAUUUGCCAUUUCAGUUGAGAAACUAUGAAGAUCAGUACCAUUAUACUAUGAAGUUGAAUUGAUUGAGAAACGUGUCAUGUACAACCAACCCUAUAAUGAUUUUUAAUGGUUGGUAGAUUUAUCCAUUUUUAGCUUUCUCACUUAUUUCUCAAAUUGCCAGAGACAGUUUUUGGAACAGGUGUUCACAAAUGUUCCUUGUGUAAAACACUGUACAGCCCUUGGUGAGCAUGCCUUUUGUUUUCCCCUCCCUGACAUUUUGUGAGCUAUGCUAAGUGGAGAAAUCAGAUGAUUUUGUUAUGGAUUGUAGCCAUUCUGAAAUGUCUUGCUCCCUUUACCACAAUGUUUUGUAAUAUUUGUAUAUUCUGUUUUGGCACAUGAUCCUGUACUGGCCUUUUUAGGGAAAACAUCUGCUUCUUAUUAACUCUCUACUUUAUCCAUUGGGUGUAUUGGUGCUGUACAUAUAGAAAACAAUGUUCACUCUGUAAGAAAUAGGUUACUAAUGUGUUGAUGAAAAAUAAAUGCCCUCAACAUCA